AUAAGUGUUUAUUAUCUCCUUCUAUAAAAGUAGUAGUGUUCUUGAUAAAUCAAUGGUAAUUCACUAGGUCAAAACCCUUUUGAAAAACUGAAAAUUUUUCAUUAGUUUCUCUGCCCAGCAGGUUCAGUUUGCUCUGUAUACUCACUCAGAUAAGAGACUUUAAGGCGUGUGAAAAACUGAAGAAAUAAAAUAAUGGUGGAAGGAGGUGUUGUGAAAGCAGCGGACAAGACAGAAUUCACAGAAUGUUGGAAGGUAACAUGGAAGACUCCUUAUAUUAUGAGGCUUGCUUUCUCCGCUGGAAUUGGAGGUCUUCUUUUCGGCUACGAUACAGGGGUUAUUUCUGGUGCCUUGCUUUACAUUAAAGAGGAUUUUGAGGCAGUUGGCAGAAACACCUUUCUACAGGAAUUGAUUGUAAGUACUUGUGUUUUAGGAGCAAUU